GUCAUACCACCACCGUCCACCCUUUAGCUAUAGACUCGGCGCGGUGCUGCCGCGAUCGAUCGACUGAGGACUAACUGGUCAUCCCACCUCAGUAUCCAGUAAAGAAGCUCGAGGAUUAACAGGUCAUUCCACCUCGCUUCGUAAGAGAUGUUCGCCGCCGAGGACGAGGAGGACCUUUUUGCGGCAUUACCAUCAGCUUUGCGAGAAGCGUUGGAGUUUGGAAGUGCUCCUGUUGAGAGAGACAGAGAAUCUCUAGACAAGUCGUCGACGGGCUCGGACCGGAGCGACAGCCCGCCCCGCGUGAAGAACAAGACGAGACGAGGGCGACGGAGUGCGGAGCGCAGAGGCGCGCCGCCUCGAGCCGCGGUCGAGCUCAACCGAAGGUACGCCGCUUGUACCAAUGCGGAAGAAGUAUUAAGGAUCUAUGCCGAGAAGGGUGUCAGAAAUGAUGUCAACGUGGCCACCGCGUUCACAAGAUUGGCCCGGGGCGCCGGCGGCGAUUCUAGGGGAAGAGGCCAGCGCGACGCUUGUAGAAGAGUCCGCCAGGACCCUAGGUUCAAGGGCCUACUGGAAGAGGCUUGUAUGUCCUUCCCGGAGUACGGGCCGCAGGCACUUGCCAAUUGUGCACACAGUCUAGCUCGGUUGGGCUGCGGCGGCGACGCGCAGGAGCGAAGAGCUUGGAGAUGUUUGGUGGAGAGUGCGGAGGCGUCCUGCACGAAGUUCUCGGCGCGGGAGGGCGUCAAUGUAGCAUGGGCUUGCGCGACGGCGCGGACGGGUUCUGCCACUCUAUUUGACGCUUUAGCUGUUGAGUGUGAAAGAAAAGCACCUAGACUAAAUGCACAAGAACUAUCCAUAGCGGCCUGGGCCUUCGCGACGGCGGGUAGAGCUACCGAGAGAUUGUUUCGUGUGCUCGCCGCGGAGGCGGCGCCGCGAGUGGGCACCUUCAACGAGCAAAAUUUAUCGAACACUGCUUAUGCUUAUGUUUUAGCCGGCGUGCGCGCUCCGGAACUCUUCGACGCCGUGGCGCGAGAAGCCGCGGCUCGAGCCGAAGAGUUGUCGGCGCAAGCUUUGGCCAAUUUAGCGUGGGCCUUUGCGACGACGCGACACCCCGCUCCUGGGCUGUAUGUGGCUCUAGCGGACCAGGCGGAGCGGCGGGUACAAGCAUUGGGUGCCCAGAACCUCGCUUCGCUUGCCUGGGCGUUUUGUGCUGCUCGAAGGGCCCGCACUCAUCCUAGAUUGUACUCGGCGAUUGGAAGAGAAGUGUGCGCAAGAUUGCGGAACCCCGGGGCGCGGCGCCACUUCGCGCCGCAAGCUGUUGCGACUUUAUUCUUAGCGUGUUCGGCGGCUCCCGGAGUACCCUACGAGCUCUUCGACGCUUUGUCGGCCCAUGCUCUACGUAGAUUAGAUGAAUUCAACGUCCAGGAUCUCGCGAACUGCGCCGGGGCGCUGAACGCUGUUGGCCGGGACACGGCCUCUCGCGCAUUACUGUGGUCGUCGAUCGCCCAGGAAGCUGCUAGAAGAGGCGGCCGGUUGGGCGGUCUCGGAUCCGCCGCUUUAUUAUCUGUAUAUUGCCGGUCCCAGCCCUUUGAACGCGAAUUGUUCUUGGCCGUGGCCAGAGAAUCGGCCUUACAGAUUUCCGCGGUGGCACCGAGACACCUAGCGACGAUCGUCUGGUGCCAUGCGCGCGCUUCUAGAUAUGACCCGCAAUUAUUUGGCGCUGCAUUAGGUGAGUUCUCCCGGACCAGUAGUGUGGUGCCGGCCGACGCCGCGUGUCGGGCGUGCUGGGCCUUUGCGCGUGUCGCACCGGUCAACGAGGCUUCCGCAUUAGUCGAUGCGUUAGCGCCUCGACUGUUGGCGGGCGUCGGCGCCGCUCUGAGGAACCAGCAGCAGCAGUACUCCUGUCGCCCGCAAGAUCUCGCGUGUCUCGCCGAAACGCUGUGCGUCGUCGGCUUCACGCCUCAGCCACUGGGCCUGACGCAUGCGUUGGAUGCGGCCUUAUCCGCGAUCACGACGCCCUGGUCCGACGAAGAUCUCGUCAGAUUAGGCCUGGCGCGAGCCGCCGCACGACAACAGGGCCUCCCGUUCUCGGAACACGGCGACCCGCCUCCAUCCAAUGAAGCCAAGCCCUUCCAACUGUCGGUAAAGGCCGCCCCGGGCCUGACGAUUGAUGUGGGAGACGCGAGGAACAAGUCUGGAUUCGAUUGCUUUAAGUUAGACGACAGUGUCUAUGACUCCAACAACAUGCACCUGCGCGACGCCGGGCCCGUGGCCGUGCGUGCUCGACUGUUGCAGGGCCUCGGCUGGCGCGUGCGGCGCAUCCUCCCGCAAGAAUUAGUGAAAUUGGUGCGGCCGCCGCCGCCGCCCAUCGUGACACCGACGCCCGGUGCCGCGGGACUCCCCCCAUCGGGAGAGUUUAACCCCGCGGCGUUCCUUCCAAGACCUCCAAUUGGUGCCGCGGGACUCCCCCCGUCGGGAGAGUUUAACCCCGCGGCUGUACUACUUCCAAGACCCGGUGGCGCCGCGGGACUCCCUCUACCAGGAGAGUUUAACCCCGGCGGCCCGCCGCCCGCGCCGAUCGCCACGACGAUCGCGCCCCACUGCGCCUGAGGCCGCCGCGGGACUCUCGACCAGGAGAGUUUAACCCCGCGGCGCCGCGGCGCCAAUUCCCCGUCGGCCUCGCUCCAAGCUCGAGCGCCGAUCGUUUCUGUGUUGCCCGCGCCACUACGUCCGGCGCGCCUGACCACAAAAUGCCCACCACAAGUCCCUGUGUAUAUAACCUAUGCAUUACAUAAACCUUCGGUAGACUCGCGCCGCGUCGACGGCGCCGCGCGGCCGGCAGACACAGAGACAUAG